AUGGGACCAGGCAAUCAUACCUCAAUUUCAGAAUUUCUUCUUCUGGGAUUUUCAGAGGAACCAGAACUGCAGCCCCUCAUAUUUGGGCUUUUCCUCUCUAUGUACCUGACCACAGUGUUGGGAAACCUGCUCAUCAUCCUGGCCAUCAGCUCAGAUUCCCAUCUCCACACACCCAUGUACUUCUUCCUCUCCAACCUGUCCUUGGUAGACAUCUGUUUCAUCUCUACCACCAUCCCAAAGAUGCUGUGGAACAUCCAGACACAGAGCAAAGUCAUCACCUAUGAAGGCUGCAUUUCCCAGAUGUAUUUUUUCCUGCUCUUUGGGGGGCUGGAUAAUUUCCUUCUAUCUGCAAUGGCCUAUGACCGCUUUGUAGCCAUCUGUCACCCUCUGCACUAUACGAUCAUCAUGAACCCGCGGCUCUGUGGGCUGCUGGUUCUGGUGUGCUGGAUCAUGAGUGUCCUGAAUUCCUUAUUACAUAGUUUAAUGGUGUUGCGGCUGUCCUUCUGUACAGACUUGGGAAUCCCACACUUCUUCUGUGCACUCAAACAGGUGGUCCAACUUGCCUGUUCUGACACCUUUCUUAAUAACAUUGUAAUAUAUUUAGUAACUGUGCUAUGGGGUGGUGUUCCCCUCUCUGGUAUCCUUUACUCAUACUCUAAAAUAGUGUCCUGCAUACGUGGAAUGUCAUCAGCUCAAGGGAAGUAUAAAGCAUUUUCUACAUGUAUGUCUCACCUCUCAGUUGUCUUCUUAUUUUAUGGCACAAUCCUAGGGGAGUACCUCAUCUCUGCUGUUACCCACUCAACUGGAACAGCUUCAGUGAUGUACACCGUGCUCACACCCAUGCUGAACCCUUUCAUCUACAGUCUGAGGAACAAAGACAUUAACAGAGUCCUAAAAAGAUUCUUUGGGAUGGCAGGUAAAAAAGGCACAAUCAUCCCCAAGUAG